AUGAUUUCAGAGGCCCUCCACCGUUAUGUUACAAUCUCGACUACGGCGGACGGCGAAGGACAUUCGUUCGUUCUUGACGGCGACUCUUCAAAGCCCCCGACGACAGCGGCGGAAGAUGGACUUGACUGCAGGACGAUAGCAAAACUCCGAAGGCUGUGCAAGUGGUGUUAUCCCGACUGUGUCCGUACUCCGAGAUCUUCAGGAAAGCUGUGCUAUGCCACCUACGCAGGCCAUUGGGCACCAGAGCAGCGAGCCGAGGCGGAUUGA